AUGCCUAGAAUAUGUUUGAAUGUUUUGGUGGGCAUUCCAGGCUCAGGAAAAACUACAUACUGCCAACAAAUUGUUGCAUUACCUCGCCGCCAGUUCGAAGUGGUGCAUGUGUGCUAUGAUUCGUACAUUAAGAUCGAUGUUAAUUACGACAAGUUUCGAGAUGUAAAAGGCUUGUACAAGGUGUAUCGACAGAAGCUUCUAUCGUACGUGGAAAUGAUUAUACUGAGCUUCAAAGAGAACGACCAAUCAAAGCUAAACGAAGUUGUAGCACGUUGGAGUAAACAAUUUGAAAAUGAGUUGCACAUUUCGUCAAACGCUAUGAUUUCAGAUGUUGUGCUUCUUAUCGACGAUAAUAAUUAUUACAGAAGCAUGCGACGGGAAUGGCAAAAGAUUGCUAGCAAACUUGCCAUCGGCUAUUUAGAAACUUAUUUCGACACUGCUCUUUCCACUGCAAUCCAAAGAAAUCGAGAGCGACCUCAACCCAUCGAUGAGCAAAUUAUUAAUCAGAUGUGGAUGCGGUUAGAGAAACCGAACGGGAAGCUUUAUCAACGUGAGGAAGAUGUUAUUACAGUUCAGGAAAAUGUCGAGUACGAUCGUGUUGUUGGGCAAAUAGAAUAUUGCUUGGAACACCCACAAGAACAUUCUGCAGUACCGAAGACGGUAGCAGAACCCAUGGAGCAAUCGGAGGUUCAUAAGACAGACAUUAUUUUACGGAAACUUAUAUCAAAGAAAAUGGUCGAAGCGAAAGAUAGUAUGUCGAAGCAAGAACUCCAAUUCUUCGCUAAGAUAUUGCAAGAAAGGAAAAGGCGUAUAUUGGAGCAAAUCCGGAAAAGCGAACUAAAUGUAACAGAGGAGUUGAUGAAUAGUGCUGUUGAGGAGCUAUUCUAAAUAUGUUGCAGUUUCCACUAAGUUCUACCAUUUCAAUAAACAUUAUGAAGCAAAUUGGUUUCCAAUAUAUUAAA